CAAGACCUUGAUAUCAAAAAACAAAUAGAAUAAUACAUACCCCCAAAAAAAAAAAAAAAAAAAGACAGUAGGAAAUGGGAAAUUGUUUGCGGCAUGAGUCGUCGAUGACAUGGGCCGGCGAGGAUUGGGGGUCUCCGGCGUCCGAAAAACUUUUUCCGAGGAGUACUAUUUCUAAAAGCCAUCAUGAAAUGGAUAAAGAUGAAGGUGGCGAGAGAGAGAAAAACUUUGUUUCCUACCCUGCAACGAGUCGUAGUGGUGGUGGUAGUACGGAGGUGAAGAUCAAGAUCACAAAGAAGCAGCUGGAGGAGUUGCUUGGUAGGGCGGCUGUUAAAGACAUGUCUGUGCAACAGGUUUUGGAGCAGUUGAUCCGAGUCAGUGAUGGGUUUGGUCAGAACAAUCAACGGUCAUGGAGGCCUGCCUUACAAAGCAUUCCUGAGUGAAAUAUUUUCAUUUGAUGUUGAAAGAAGAAAUCUUUGGAGGCUUGAAUUCCUUUUUAAUAUGGUGAAGUUUAAUGGGUCAGCGGUUUGUUAUGUAUUUAUGUGUGUCUAUAUACGGUGGUGGGGAUAAAAAGAAAUGGGAAUUGGGUUACAAGGAUUCUCAAGAGUUUUGUAUUCAAUGUAUAUAGUUAGAUUAGAUACACAUUUUGUUUUUAGAGUUGAACAGAAAACUUAGAGAUUAAUUUGCCCAGUACUAUCUAUCUCUUUUUUUUGUCUGUUCUCUGUUUCUAGCCUCUGGAUCUAUCUUCUUUGUAGCAUAACUCUCUUAAUAUGACCUAGAAAGCUGCAGUUCCAUUGAUAAGGAGAUUAAAUUCUUUA